CCCAAAGAUUCGUGCUCUCCACUUCACAUAUGCCCCCCAGGGCCCCAGUUCCACAGACAGGUUCGAGAGGAGGAGGGUCGGACUGGAUCCUGAGAUAACGUUGAGGAGGCAGCGCGCAAUGGACAAUAGGAGGGGCGGCCACUUUUUCGGAGCCAUUUGCUAACGGCUUCAAGUGACAAGUUGCCCAUUGGCCAACCAGCACAGCCCACGCUAUCUGGGGGCUCUCAGGCUUUCUCAAUCGCCCGGCUGGGGCGUACGCCUAUGUCUCGGUGGCACGGUGGAGAGCAGGGUGACAUCCCAUUGCUGUGGUUCUCGUCUCCCCCAGGUCACGGUCGCUGGCGACGGGGUCUCGUCCAAAUCCACUUCGUUACGACUGCGACUGCGACGACUUGCCCUUUCUUCGGCCGAAUAUGGGUUUGUACCCGUGCCUGGGUUCCUCGUUAGUGCAUCAUGCAUACCGGAAAGCUGUCCGCAGCCAGCCCGCCUACCUCACCAGGUACCUCGUCCUCAGCUCGCCCAGACAGUAUUAGUCCUCCGUACGAAUACAGAGGAGUAGACUCAACGACGGGGAAGGUUUCGCUCGUUCCCGCUGGCCUGCCCUAGGACUUGGUACGUAUCGAAGCACGACCAAAAGCCAAAUCGCCUCCAUCCCUCCCCCAAGUCGUAUGCAACAAGUAACGGGGGUUGCUGCCAGGAUAGCCUGCCAUAUCCUGUCCUUGCCAAGAUCUGCGUCUGUCGCCCGUCGAGAGGGGGGCAAAGUUGGAUAGACCAGCUUGAUACUCAAUCGGCCCUGGACCCUCAUCUCUCCCUCCUUCACUUGUGUGUAAUUUUCCAUCGUCAACCAGGUGCAGCCUAUCGGCUUUCCAUGCAUGACUGGAUCCGCUUGCCGCCCUUGACAAGAACCCUUAGUCCUUGCGCGCCUGUUCCUGUCCUCUCGAUCGGCAUUUCCUUCAUAAACCUCCCCCUUCCCCCGUCUGAUCUGGUUUGUCUCGUGCUCGACAGCCAUCCCUCUCCGUCAUUUCUAUUCUUCUCGGGCCCUCCUCCCGCAGCAUUCAUUUGUAACAGACACUAUUUGUCUGUGUAACCCCACAAAGCCGCGAAAUCCAUCGCCAUGGCUGCACCAGAAGGGGUUGUGCCUACCAAGGUCGAGGCCGAUGAGAAGGCCACCGGUGGCCUUCCUGGCUACGACACCGGCAGUGGACAGGAGAUCCGAGGUGAUAUCAGCGAGGACAGCUGGGCAACACGCAAUGGUCUGAACUUGAAAUCCUUCACGAAGAAGGAUUACGGUCGCGGCAUCGUCGAACUCGACCGCGCUAUGAGCUCUCGCCAUCUCCACAUGAUUGCCAUUGGCGGUUCCAUUGGUGCUGGUUUCUUCGUCGGUUCCGGUGGUGCUCUGAGCAAGGGUGGUCCCGGAUCGCUCUUGAUCGACUUCCUUCUCGUGGGUAUCAUGAUGUUCAACGUCGUGUACGCUCUUGGUGAACUCGCUGUUAUGUAUCCCGUCUCUGGUGGCUUCUACACGUACUCGACUCGCUUCAUCGAUCCUUCCUGGGGUUUUGCCAUGGGCUGGAACUAUGUCUUCCAGUGGGCCAUCGUGCUACCGCUUGAGCUGACGGUCUCUGGUCUUGUUGUCGCAUACUGGAAUGACACUGUCAACGUGGCCGUCUGGAUUACACUUUUCCUCGUCGUCAUUAUCAUCAUCAACAUUUUCGGAUCUAUCGGAUACGCCGAGGAAGAGUUCUGGUCGUCGUGCCUCAAGCUCGGAGCUACUGUCGUCUUCAUGAUCAUCUGCCUCGUCCUUGUCCUCGGUGGCGGACCGUCUAGCGGUAGAUACAGCGAGUACCAGGGUGCGAAGACCUGGUAUGACCCAGGCGCAUUCCGCAACGGUUUCAAGGGAUUCUGCUCCGUCUUUGUCACGGCCGCUUUCUCGUUCUCCGGUACCGAGUUGGUUGGUCUUGCUGCCGCCGAGGCCAAGAACCCCGUCAAGUCGCUUCCCGGUGCCAUCAAGCAGGUGUUCUGGCGUAUCUCGCUCUUCUACAUCUUGGGCCUCUUCUUCGUCGGUCUGUUGAUUCCUUCCGACGACCCUGCGCUGCUCUCCGAGUCUGCCUACUCUGACGUCAAGGCCUCUCCUUUCGUGUUGGUCGGCAAGUACGCCGGUCUCGUGGGCUUCGACCACUUCAUGAACGUGGUUAUCCUCGUCUCUGUCGUGUCGAUCGGUGUGUCUGGUGUUUACGGUGGUUCGCGUACCCUCACUGCCCUGGCCCAGCAGGGCUACGCGCCCAAGAUCUUCACCUACAUUGACAGAUCAGGACGCCCUCUGCCUUCCGUGCUGGCGGUCAUCAUUUUCUCACCCUUGGCGUAUAUCAACCUCAGCGCGAGCGGCCCGGUUGUGUUUGACUGGUUGUUGGCUCUUUCCGGCUUGGCUGCGGUCUUCACCUGGGGAUCCAUUUGCUUGGCGCACAUCCGCUUCCGCAAGGCGUGGGCCUACCACGGUCACACUGUCGACGAGAUCCCGUUCAAGGCCAUUGGUGGCGUUACCGGCUCUUGGAUCGGACUUUUCCUCUGCUUCAUCGUGCUUGCUGCUCAGUUCUACACUGCUAUUGCACCCCCUGGCACGACCGAGCUCAACGACGCUGAAGGCUUCUUCAAGUCGUAUCUCGCCCUCCCUGUUGUCAUCGUGUUCUGGCUUGGUGGUUUCUUCUGGAAGCGCACUGGCUGGCUCCGUACCGCCCAGAUGGAUGUCGACACUGGCCGACGUGAGCUUGACUGGGACGAGAUCCACGCGUACCGUGCACACAUCGCCUCGCUUCCCGCAUGGAGGCGCGCUCUCCACAAGGUGUGGUAAACGAUUUUGGUGAUUGCCAGAGGAGAAACCGCGUGUUGCCGCGUUCAUGUAUAUUUUAAUUAAAAUCCUGCGUUGAGGAUGACCGGGAUGGGACUACCGUCCUGGUAAUUGUUAGCAAAAUGAAGAUACCACAAGUGCUUUUACAUCAAAACUGCGUCGUACUUGUAUCCUAGCACGCGUUGGAAGUACCUAUUGCAAUCCAUGGUCUGACUGGUUGCUGGCUCGGACAACAACAAGGGGAUUGUGUGUGUAUUCCGCCGUAAAACGCUCAAACAAAGAGAUCUGGUUGGCAUCUCUGGAGCUGUGGAUUAUGGCGCAGUUAUAAGCCCAGAAGCUGUGCGGCCAACCAAGAGAAUGCCAAGGGCUAGUGCGUGCCUUAUCUAGGAGAGCAGCGGCAGUUCAGCAGUGGCCCUUGCCAACAGCAGCGAUAACACAAGGUAGGUAGGCGAGCGUUGUUGGUGAAGAUAAGGACGACCAGCCCAGAAGAGCAGGUGAUGCCCGAUUGUCGGACAGCGGUAACUGGAGAUGGUUGGUCCGGAUUGUUGGAUAUCUCUCGGCGUAGGGGUUUCAUAGUCAACUGAUAGGUCUUGGGAAGAAGUCCUAGCCGGAUUCAGUGACCCAUCCCGAGGAACUGACAGGGUCAGAAGAACACCUAACAAGAUCGGGAUGCGGUAUCGGGCGGCAGCAGGGUGGUUAUGAGGGUCUGUGGGGAUUUCUGGAUUGCUUGAUCGAUCUGUUCAAUAAGACAAUCAGAUAGAUGUUGUUGCGGUGGUGAGUAUUAGACGUUUCUGUUAGAGGUCGUUCCCGUCCUUGUUAAAGGCAGCCGGGCGGGCAAUGGCGAAGUCGAACGGAGUAUCCCCGGGCCGGAAAGGUUUGAUGGAAUGGAAUGGAAUGGAAUAUUCCCAGGUUUUCGAGGGAAGGAACAAUUGCGUGAAUGGCAUACCAGGAAAGAGCCUUGCUCUGGUUCCUCCAUCGUGGCCUUUGACCUUACAAAAAGAUCAAAAAGACGGCUGUUGGGGUUCAUUUAAACGACGCUCAAUCUGCGUGACAGGGUGACAAGAACGCCUUAGCACACCAUACAUAGCGUUGACUGCAUGUCAUUUCGGCGCCCUUUGACACACG